UUUCCUGUAGUUUCACUUUCUCACUUUUGUUUUUUCGGUUUUUCGUUGGUUGGAAUUUAUAUCCGGGGGAAAGAGGAGGGAAUCGAAGGGGGUAGUAGUUGCUAUCUCGUCGAUCGGAGGCUUCCCAGCACCUCUUGUUUCCUGCAAUUCUUGAUGGAGGCGAGAGGAAUAUCCAGCUACACCGUUCGAUUGGUCCUAUUCGAUCUGCUCUGAGGUUUGCGCUGGGUUUUUUUGUUGAUUUUUUCGGGAGUUUGUAUGGAUUUCGGGUUUGGAGGAGGUAGGGUUUGCUGUUUCACUGUGGACAGGGGUUAGGGAAAUUUUCCGGGGAAUUUUUUUGGCGGGUGUUCUGGCGGCGGGUUCCCGGAUGGAGGCGGAGAUCGGUGGCGGGAGCGGCAGGUUCUGCGCGGGUGGCGUGCCGGGGUUUCUUGUGAAGGGAAAGGGUUUGGUGCAGAGCCGGGAGUGGGAGGUGGGCGAUUGGCGGUGGGACGGGGAUCUGUUCGUCGCUAGACCCUUGAGCGGGGUUCCGGCCGGUCGGCAGUUUUUGCCAGUGUCGGGCGGCGAGGGAUCCUCGGAAGGUUCGGAUGAGGGCAAGGGCGAGGUGGAGAAGCGGCGAAGGUUUCAGGAGGAGGGGCAGGAGGUGGAGGGAGGUGGAUUUCUGGCCUUGAAACUGGGGGAGCAAGUGUAUCCGGUGGGCGAGGCGAACGGGGUGGAUGGCAGGAACUGCAAGAGAUCGAAGGUGCAGGGAGGGGGAACAGGAACGUCUUCGUCGGCGGGACGGCCAGCAUGUCAGGUCGAGGGUUGCAGGGUCGAUCUCAGCAGCGCCAAGGACUACCAUCGUCGCCAUAAGGUCUGUGAGGUACACGCUAAAGCGAGCAUGGUGCGCGUUGGCGGGAUUGUGCAGAGGUUUUGUCAGCAGUGUAGCAGGUUUCAUGUUCUUCAAGAAUUUGAUGAAGGGAAGAGAAGCUGUAGGAGGCGUUUGGCAGGUCAUAAUAUACGGAGAAGGAAAACACAUCCUGAAAAUGUGGUUGGUGCAAAUUCACUAGAUGUUGAUCGUGCCACAGGCUACAUCUUGAUUAGUCUCUUGAGAAUACUCUCAAAUCUACAUUCUAAUCCAACUGACCAUGCGAAGGAUCAGGAUCUUUUGUCUCAUUUGUUAAGCAACCUAGCAAGCGCUGCUGGUAAAUGUGAUAUACAAGGUCUGUUGGGAAAACAGUCUUCUCAAACACUACAAAAUGGUGGUGGCCCUCUUGAAACAUCACCACAAAAAUCCUCUGCUGCAGUUCCAACAAGUGCUGCCAAUGUCACUGCUCAAGGUUCACCUCUGCCUAUUAACUUAAAUGAAGUAGGAGCUUGUUCUAAUGGCGUGCAUGAUCUCAAUGUGAGGGGCAUAGACCUUUCUGCAGUUGUCAUGCCAGAUGGCAUGCAACAAAACGUAUUUGCUGACAGGAUAGGUUCUGGUGAUACUGAGCAAGCAGAUGCAUGGCAGAAAGAUAAAGGGGAAAAGGUCAAAUUAAAUGAUUUUGAUUUGAACAGUGUGUAUCAUGAAUCAGAAGAAUAUAUGGUCAGUCCUGUAUGCCAUAUUUCUCCACCCUUUCCUAAGUUUGGAGCUGGUUCACCUGACUAUCCUUCAUGGAUGGUGCAAGAAUCAAACCAGACAAGCCCACCUCAAACAAGCAUUCACUCAGAUUCAACAUCUACUUUGUCUCCAUCAAGUUCUAAUGGCGAGGGUCAAAAUCGGACAGAUCGUAUCAUUCUCAAACUAUUUGAUAAAGAACCACAUGAUCUUCCCCUUUCUCUAAGAGGACAGAUUCUUGAAUGGCUACAAAAUAGCCCUACAGACAUGGAAAGUUACAUAAGGCCUGGUUGCAUUGUUUUGACUCUUUAUAUACGGUUGCAGCAGUGUGUGUGGGAUGAGCUGUGCAACAGUUUGAGUGUACAUUUGAAGAAACUUCUUGAUACUUCUGAUGAUUUAUUUUGGAGAUCUGGAUGGAUAUAUGCCAGGGUGCAAAAUCAGAUGGCAUUUAUUAACAAUGGUCAAGUGGUGCUUGAUUCUCCUUUUCCAAUCAAUUUUUCAAAUCGUCCAAGGAUCGUAACUAUCUCCCCUCUUGCUGUUACAAAAUCUCAGCAAGCAACCUUCAGAAUAAAAGGCUUUAAUCUGUUGCAUCCAGCCUCUAGGUGGUUUUGCGCAUUUGAAGGAAACUAUUUAGCCCAAGAAUCUGUGUUUUCUGCUGCUGAUGCGUGUGGUAGUUCUGGUGAGGGUAUCCAGAACUUCAGCUUCUCUUGCUCUUUCCCUGAUGCAUCUGGGAGAGGUUUUAUUGAGGUUGAAGAUGAUGGCCUCAGCAGCUGCUUCUUUCCCUUCAUUGUGGCAGAACAAGAUAUGUGCUCUGAAAUAUGUAUGCUGGAGGACACAUUUGAGGUUGCUGAGUUUGAUAAUGACAAGGAAGAGGCUGACAAUUUGAAGAACAAGGCUGAAGCCUUGGAGUUUUUGCAUGAACUAGGUUGGAUUCUUAGGAGGAGUCAGGCGAUCUUUAAGAUGGAUCACAGCAUUUCAAGUACAUGCUCUUUCACACAUUUACGGUUCAAGAGGCUGUUGGAGUUCUCUAUAAAUCGUGAUUGGUGUGCUGUAGUUAAGAAACUUCUGGACAUCUUAUUUGAUGGUAGGGUGGUUGGAGAGGAACAAAGUUCUUCCAAAUUUGUUGUUUCUGAAUUAUGCCUACUCCAUGUUGCCGUUAGCAGAAAAUGCAGGCCCAUGGUCGAGCUUUUGUUAAGAUAUGUUCCACCCAGGACUUCAUCUAAAACGGAAGCUCAACAUAACGAAUAUGGCAGUAAUGAUUAUUUAUUUAGACCUGACCUUGCUGGGCCUGCUGAUGUGACUCCUCUUCACAUUGCGGCCAGUACAGGUGGUGCGGAGACUAUAGUGGAUGCGCUCAUCAAUGAUCCGCGAAUGGUGGGCCCUGAGGCUUGGAAGCGUGUUAAAGAUAAAGCUGGGCUUACCCCUGAAGAUUACGCAUUAGUGAGAGGCUACACUGCUUACAAUCAGCUGGUGCAGCAGAAAGUUGAUGAAAAAUGUAAAUCUGCACAUUUGAUUCUUGACAUAGCCAGUGGUUUGAUAGGUCCCAAUAAGUCCUUCAAACAAACGCCUCGUCACGAUGAAGUUUCAGGAAUGCAAAUUGACAGCAACAGAAAACAGCCUUGUAAACUUUGCGCUCAACAAUUGAGAUACAGGAACACCAGGUCAUCUCUCGUGUACCGGCCAGUGGUGCUCUCGAUGGUAGCCAUUGCUGCAGUCUGUGUGUGUGUUGCCUUGAUAUUUAAGGGCCCACCUGUCCUCUUGGGCUUCCCGCCUUUUAGGUGGGAGCUGUUGGGUUAUGGACCUAUAUGAGCGGCUGGACUACUUUCUUGCUUUUAUGUAAAUUAACAGGUUUGACUAGGUCGUGUGCAAUGUGUCUGUAGCAUAUUGCUCAGUCGUGUAUUUGAUAGUGUAAUGUCAUCCCUGUAUCUUUUAA